AUGCAAUACAUCGGAACUGUCCAAGGACUUUUCUUAACAAAUUCUAAUGUCCACUUUUGUCGUAUUCAAAUUGGUCAAGGCAAUGUAGACGUCUUCAUCCCACCACUAAGCACUUUAUUCGCUUUUCCAGGAGAUAUUGUGACAUUAGGAAUCUUCCCCCCUUCCUUAUGGAAAUUAAGUCUGUGCGACAAAAUCCAAUUUCUGGACGGCCCAUUCAACUCCUCCCUCUUCUUCUCAACUCAAAAUUUCAAUUCAAUUUUCGACGUCUUUUUGGCGCUUCGCACAGUCGAGAACAAACGACUUAUUCCAGUCGGGUGUGUCACCUCAAUCAACCAAAUGGCAAGUCUCGACGCGUGUUCGGGAUAUGUGGAAAACAACAUCUUCUACCCCGACGACAGAAACUUCCCGGUAUGGCCUGCUCCAAACACAUAUGUGGAAUUUCGUCGAGUGCUUGGGGUGUAUAACAGACAGGCAAUGAGCUUUGAAGUCCAAAAUGGAAGUAAAGAGAAGAACUUCAACAGAGAAAGCGAUAUGGAAAUAAUCAAAAUGGAAAGUGAAAGUCUGAAGAGAAUCAAAUUUGACUUUCCGUGUGUCCCAAUUACUAAUGCAACACCGUUAAUAUCAUUUGAUACAAAAACAGAAGAAAUUCGGAAGGAAGAACCGUUGAAGGAGAUCUUUAACGUCGAUUUGAGGAAUAGAAGAGUCUUCACGAUCGAUCACAGAACAACACGAAUAAGAGAUGACGCACUGCAUGUCUGCUAUGUUGGACCAAAUCUCAUUGAAUUUGGCGUACACUGCACGGACUUCACGGAAGACUUGAGCGUCGAGGAGUUCACUCAUUUGUUUAAUCAAAGACAGAAGGAAAGCGGUCACACAUUCAAUCAGAAGAUCUGCGAGAAACUCUCACUCGACUGUGGAAAGACUCUACACGCUUUUAGUAUACUCUUUUAUGUCAACACAACAACUUGCAGAGUGGAGCAAUGCUGCUUUGGAAAGAGUGUCAUACGGGUUCAAGCGAAUUUGACGACAGACCAAUUUACUCGGUUGAGUACGGCGAACACCGUCGACGACUUAAAAGUAUUUAAUGGCUUGAAAACAAGUCAAAUGGAUCUUGAAAGGAUUUGUAGUGACUCUAAAUUACUCAGUGAAAUUACAGAGAAAGUACUUUGUUUGUAUAUUGCUAAAAACACUGUUGGACAAGGAGACGUCAUUGCUGACUUGGGAAAAUUUGUGGGGAGAUGUAUGGGAGAACAACUCCAUCAGUACUAUGGCGAUCUUGCAUUAUUAAGAGAUUACCGCCCUUGGUAUUACAGAACUACAUUUCGGUCACCACUUCGUAAACUAUUUGACAUCUGUGUGUUGCGUCAAAUUGAGGCAAUGAAUUGUAAAUACGGUGUGGAACAAAUGGUCAUUACUGUAUGUGGUACGGCAGAGCGAUUACAAAUGCUUAUUGACGAACAGAAGAUUUUGCCUUUGUAA